UAAAAUGGAUAGCAAAGGACGCAAUGUUAUAGUUUGCGACAAUGGUACCGGCUUUGUUAAAUGCGGUUAUGCCGGUAGUAAUUUUCCCGCCCACAUAUUUCCCUCUAUGGUUGGCAGGCCAAUCAUUCGUGCUGUAAACAAAAUCGGCGACAUUGAAGUUAAGGAUUUACACGUUGAUGAUUUAAUGGUUGGUGAUGAAGCAUCACAAUUACGUUCUUUAUUAGAGGUAUCAUAUCCAAUGGAAAAUGGCGUGGUACGAAAUUGGGAAGAUAUGUGUCAUGUAUGGGAUUAUACAUUCGGGCCAAAGAAAAUGAACAUCGAUCCAACAAAUACAAAAAUAUUGCUCACAGAACCGCCAAUGAAUCCCUUGAAAAAUCGUGAGAAAAUGAUUGAGGUCAUGUUUGAAAAAUAUGGCUUCGAUUCAACCUAUAUUGCUAUACAAGCUGUUCUUACGCUUUAUGCUCAAGGUUUGAUAUCCGGCGUUGUCAUAGAUUCGGGUGAUGGUGUUACCCAUAUAUGUCCGGUAUAUGAAGAAUUUGCACUGCCACAUUUAACAAGGCGUUUGGAUAUUGCCGGUCGUGAUAUUACACGAUAUUUGAUUAAACUACUCUUGUUACGUGGCUAUGCAUUUAAUCAUUCCGCUGAUUUCGAAACGGUACGCAUGAUGAAAGAAAAACUCUGCUAUAUUGGCUAUAACAUUGAAAUGGAACAAAGACUGGCAUUGGAAACGACAGUAUUGGUGGAAUCAUACACCCUACCCGAUGGUCGUGUGAUAAAAGUUGGCGGUGAACGUUUUGAGGCACCCGAAGCCCUCUUCCAACCCCAUUUGAUUAAUGUUGAAGGUCAGGGUAUUGCUGAAUUGGUAUUCAAUACAAUACAAGCGGCUGAUAUUGAUAUGCGCCCUGAGCUAUAUAAACAUAUUGUUUUGUCGGGCGGUUCAACAAUGUAUCCUGGUUUACCUAGUCGUUUGGAACGUGAAAUUAAACAAUUGUAUUUGGAGAGAGUACUGAAAAAUGACAUUGAUAAAUUGGCGAAAUUCAAAAUUCGCAUUGAAGAUCCUCCCAGAAGAAAAGAUAUGGUAUUCAUUGGUGGUGCUGUUUUGGCUGAAGUAACCAAAGAUCGUGAUGCCUUCUGGAUGUCGAAGCAAGAAUACGAAGAACAGGGUAUUAAAGUAUUACAGAAAUUACAAAAAGUAACAGCCUGAAAACGAAUGUAAUUCGUGUUUAAUU